GGUACAUUCCUUUUUUCGAUUUGAUUUGGAAGUUUGAGCAAUACUGUAUUUCCGCAGCAUGAAGCAGGAGGCCGUGAUCAUAAUUUUUCGAAUGAUCCAGAGCUAUUUUAUAUGAAAGCACAAUAAUGGGUCUGACUGACUUUAUAGCAACGCUGAAAGAAAACCCCUACUUUGGGGCUGGUUUUGGACUUGUAGGUGUUGGAGCUCUCCUGACGCUCUCGAAGAAAGGCCUUCAAUAUGGAAGCAUCGCAGCACGGCGCCAUCUGUUGAUGACGCUUGAAGUACCAAGUAAAGACAAGAGCUACCAUUGGUUGUUACAGUGGAUAACAACGAACGCACGGCAUACACAGCACCUAAGUGUAGAGACGACGUUUACACAAAGCGAGAGUGGAAAGAUCGAUACCCAAUUUGAUUUUGUUCCCAGUCCAGGCAACCAUUAUUUCAGAUAUAAAAAUACCUGGAUCUUUGUUGAGAGGAACCGAGAGAAACAGAUGGUUGAUCUCCAUACUGGUACACCAUGGGAGACAGUCACACUGACAGCGGUUGGCAGGAACAAGGAACUCUUCUAUGAGAUCCUCAAUCAAGCUCGAGAGGCGGCCCUUCAGAAGCAGGAGGGCAAGACUAUCAUGUACACAGCAAUGGGAGCUGAAUGGAGACAGUUUGGAUACCCAAGGAAAAGGAGACCUAUUGAUUCAGUCAUCUUAGAUAGAGGCAUCACUGAUAGCAUUGUCAAGGACGUCAAGGAAUUUAUCAACAAUCCCAAGUGGUACUUUGAUAGAGGUAUACCAUACAGAAGAGGGUAUCUACUCUACGGACCACCAGGCUGUGGAAAGAGUAGCUUCAUAAUGGCAUUAGCAGGAGAGCUCCAGUACAGUAUAUGUAUGAUGAAUCUAAGUGAACGCAGCCUUUCUGACGAUCGUCUCAAUCAUCUGAUGAACGUCGCUCCUCAACAGAGUAUAAUUCUCUUAGAAGAUAUUGAUGCUGCCUUCAUCAGUCGAGAGGAGGCAGAUGAUCCUCGUUACCAGGGUAUGGGCCGUGUCACACUGAGCGGUCUCCUUAAUACGUUAGAUGGAGUCGCAUCAACGGAAGCUAGGAUAGUAUUCAUGACAACAAACUACAUAGAUAGAUUGGACCCAGCACUGAUUCGUCCAGGUCGUGUGGACUACAAGCAACUAAUAGGCCACGCCAGCAAGCACCAGCUAGUCCAGAUGUACCAUCGGUUCUAUCCAGACCUUGGUCCGGAGGCAGCUGAAAGGUUUGCCAACACCGCACUGUCCUUCAAGAAACCUAUCAGUGUUGCAGCGGUACAGGGAUUCUUCAUGGUUUACAAGAACGAUGGACUCGCAGUCAUAGAUAAUAUUGAAACACUCUGGCAGAGGUGAUGAAGGCUUAUGAGGUCUUCAACUUUUUAAGAAUUAUAUUAGCCGAAACAACUCGUUGAAAGCGAUGGCAAUCUUACUGGGUUUUCUUGAGACUGCUCAGCAUGAGGCUUGUAUCUAGCCAGGAUUCUUACAAGGAUACCUGUUUUUAUAGGCAGUAUCAAAGUGGUCAGCGAAUGUUGAUUAACCCUUCGACAGCUGAAUUUUGGCAUUCCCAUAUGCUUCAUACAGGACCUCUUGGUUCCAGCAAGUAAUGGGUUAACAGCUACUACCUGAUAUGGGGCCAGUUGCAGAAAGAGCUGCAAUUAAUCGCAACUCUAAAUCGCAACUCGAUUUUUCAACCAAUUAACAGCAUGCAUUUGGAACUUUCUAUUGAUUUUGUUUACUUGCUUAAAGGAACCCUUUCUGCAACAGACUCCUGGGAACCUUCUAGAUUUCCAUACUUUGGGCAGCAUUUCAGGAAACAAAAAUUGAUUUUCACUGACUAUUGUCACAAACUACCAUAUUCCUUGCAUCUGAUUGGCUGAGAACAAAUUUGUGAAAAAUCAAUGACAAAAUUUCUUCAUGAAAUGCUCUCCAGUGGGAUGUUUCACAGAGUUUUAAGUGUAAUUUAGAGUAGCAUUUAAUUUUUCAGUUGCAUGCUCUCUUAUAAUGCAUUACUUCAUUGGUCAGGUCAUACACACGGUUAUGCACAUAAGCAUGUAUACAUCAAUGAGAUUACGUGUUGAUUAACAUGUGCACGUUGACUUUAAUGGGGUGUUGCAAGAAAAUAUUUGCAAAUAUUCUGUUGCAAUUUUACAACUGAUCGAUCAAUUUUAAUGGUAGCAAAUGAGAUUACACUCCAUGUUUCAAUGAGCAGAUUAGCAAUCUCGAAUUUGCAAUUAAUUGCAAGACAUGAUUUGGGGACCAAAUAUAGACUUGCAAUAGAUCGCAAGUUUCUUGCAACGCCCCAUAAGUCACACUUAAAUCUUUGUGUCUUUGGCUGAACUAAUUUUCAACUUUAACCUGAUGAGUGACGAAUGCCAACGCAAAGUGUGGCAAUUUGACAUCCAGUUGUUACGGUAUCAAUGAGAACAAAUGGUAUAUUGUGAUAGUCAGUAUUGAAAUACUCUGAUAAUAGAGCUUUUAAAGGUACCUUGUCAAGAGUCUUAGCCACAUCUCUUUCCUGGAGGAGUCCAGCAAGCAUCUCUUUAUUACAAAUCACUGCAGUCACCAUAGACAUAACAAUAGGGACUGCAGGAAAGCUGAAAUGAAAAGAUACAUAAACCCUUAUAAGGAGAUUCCUAAAGACAUGGCAUAGAGAUUUGACAAGUUGCCUCUUAAGUAAAUGUUGAGAGUGGAAUAUGAUUUGUGGAGACUGCAGCCAUGUACUUUGA